AUGAAUUGUAAAAGGUAUUGUUGCCUGGCAACUGGCCUCUUGUUUGCCACCGUUUUUCUGUUUUUAUUCGGCUUCACCUUUGAAGGCUGUAACCACUCCUUUGCCACUUUCCUAUCCAGAAAACUAUAUGAAUACGUUUUGGACCUGUAUAACGAUGACACUUUCGCUUUAUUUCUGACUCUUUUCAGCUACUUUGGGCAGUUUCUGGCCAACAUGUUCUUUUACAAGGGACUGCCAUCAAAGUUUUAUCUCCACUGUUAUCCUCUGCUAGGUGAUAAUUACCUGGAAACUGUUCUGGAACCCUUACCCGCAGGUGCCGUAAUGGCCUUUAAAAGAUUCGUCGGCUGGUUCUAUAAACUCUACUGGACCCUUUUAAAACGACAGUUUAGUUACUUUUACGUUUUCGGAUUCUUUGGAGUUAUGGUCUCUGUACGGCUUUUACUCCUUAGCUUACUAUUACUCUCACUCUGGUUCGCUGUAAAAUACUUCAAACAUCUGCUCAAACACUUUAGAUUCAAGAUGGCACUACCACUUGUACUUUUUCCCUCAUAUCUUAUGGUACUCGUAGUCUACCACCUCACCUACGAGUCUUUUUUCACACCACUUCACCUCGCCGCAUCGUUACUACUCGUAGGAACCCUUUCCUACAAUAAAUUCAAACACUCACGUCACUAAUCUUAUUAUUCAUAA